AUGAUCCAAAUAUCUCAGGUAGAUUCUAAUUUUCUUUCACCUGCAAAACUCCUCUUUGUUUUUCUUUCAUUCUAUCUAUCUAUCUAUCUAUCUAUCUAUCUAUCUAUCUAUCUAUCUAUCGAUCUAUCUAGGCAUAUGAAUUAUCUAUCUAUGUCUCUUGGCAGGUUCAUUAUCUAUCUAUCUAUCUAUCUAUCUAGGCAUAUAACACGGUGUCGUAUAUUCUAUCUAUCUAUCUAUCUAUCUAUCUAUCUAUCUAGGCAUAUGAAUUAUCUAUCGAGGUCUCUUGGCAGGUUCAUUAUCUAUCUAUUUAUCUAUCUUUCUAUCUACCUAUCUAUCUAUCUAUCUAUCUAUAUAGGUUCAUUAUCUAUCUAUCUAUCUAUCUAUCUAUCUAUCUAUCUAUCUAUCUAUCUAUCUAUAUUGGCAUAUGAAUUAUCUAUCUCUCUUGGCAGGUUCAUUAUCUAUCUAUCUAUCUAUCUAUCUAUCUAUCUAUCUAUCUUGGCAUAUAACACGGUGUCGUAUAUUCUAUCUAUCUAUCUAUCUAUCUAUCUAUCUAUCUAUCUAUCUAAGCAUAUGAAUUAUCUAUCUCUCUUGGCAGAUCAUUAUCUAUCUAUCUAUCUAUCUAUCUAUCUAUCUAUCUAUGCAUAUAACACGGUGUCAUUGAUUGCUUCCUAUCUAUCUAUCUAUCUAUCUAUCUAUCUAUCUAUCUAUCUAUCUAUCUAUGCAUAUGAAUUAUCUAUCUAUCUCUCUUGGCAGGUUCAUUAUCUAUCUAUCUAUCUAUCUAGGCAUAUGAAGUAUCUAUAUAUCUAUCUAUAUUGGCAGAUUCAUAAUCUAUCUAUCUAUCUAUCUAUCUAUCUAUCUAUCUAUCUAUCACAGUCUGUUCUUUAUCUAUCUAUUUCGGGAUUUCUUGCAUUCUAUAAAAAACGAAACGCAGGAAGAAAUGUCUCAGAAUUUGGAAAACGAUGUGAAGUGGUCGGCCAUUCUGUUGCAAGUUCAGCCAAGUUAGUUGAAGCUACUGCUAUAUCUACUUAUGCGUUUUUGAACACCAGCAAAGUUGCAACUACAACCGUGUCUGCUGCAGUUGCAUCCCUGUCUGCUGCAAAUACAACCUUACCUGCUGCAACUGCAUCACUAUCUGCUGCAAGUCCAACCCUGUCUGCAAACCUUUCUGCUGAAUCUCUAAUCUGCAACAGCUGCAACUGCAAACCUGUCAUCUACAACUGCAGCCUUGCCCUCUACAAAUUCAAUCCGGUGUACAUCUGUCGCUCCUUUUUCAAAGUUCAGUAA